UGCCAUCUAGUAUGAUUGAAGUUCAUUUGUCCUUGAUAGUUAGGAUUGUUGAUGGGAAAUGGUGCAAUAUUUUUAAGAAUCUGUUUUUAUCAUCCAUCCCAUAAUGCUCUAUCGUUCACAACAAAUAUUUUUUUGACCUUAUAUCGAAUUGAUCGUCGCGGCUUAACCUUCAAAAUUGCUUAGUCUACUGAUGUCAAGGCUUAAUUUGUUGCUGAUGCCAUCGACCGUUUAGUCUGUUUCUUUUAUUCCCAAUAUAUUUUCAUGGUGUAUCAUUGCCUAUACGUCGCUUUGACAGAUCGUUCUACUACAAUAAGUCGUAUGGGUUGGGCGUUAAUGGAAUUACUUGUUUGGCGAAAGAAGUUUUACGAUUAGUUCAAGAAUGGCAUCCAAUAGUAAUGCUGCCCAUGUGUUAAUGAAAAAGGGUAAACGAGGUGCAGCAGCGUACGUCCAUGCAGAUUGUUCGAAUUCUUCAUCUCCGCAGCAUCUGAGUGAACUAUUGGAUAUAAUAUUAAAUCCUGGAAAACCCAUAGAAGAAUGGGAGACUAUAGACUGGAUCAAGUGGUUGAUGGCUGGAGGAAAGACGCCUGAUGAAUUCGCAAGUAUAGUUCGUAGGUAUGACAAUGCAACAACAUGCGGAUUAGUGUGGACUGCCAACUUUGUGGCAUAUCGCUGUCGCACAUGUGGCAUUUCUCCAUGUAUGUCACUUUGUGCUGAGUGCUUCCAAAAGGGGAACCAUGUGGGACAUGACUUCAAUAUGUUUCGUAGUCAAGCAGGAGGUGCUUGUGAUUGUGGGGACACAUCUGUCAUGAAGGAAAUGGGGUUUUGUGAUCGACAUGGACCAAAGGCACAAGUCAACAAACCAUCUGCUCCUACUGAUCUGAUGUGUGUAGCAGAAGCUAUAAUGCCACGUAUUAUACUGAGACUGCUUCAACAUCUCCGCGAACACAGCAAAUCGGGGAUACAAGAUGCGUACCUAGUUGCCAUUCAAGAUGCUGACUUAUAUCUUACAAUGCUCCAUGACUUCAGUGCAAUGGGUGCUGCAAUGAGAAGAGUCAUGACAGGUGCUCUCACAAACCCACAGAUAUAUAAGCACCUUACUGAAUGCUUUUCAGAGGAUUCUGAAUACUAUAGCUAUAUGUUAGAGAGCCAGCGUGUUUAUCAUGAAGCUUUGAAGUCUCUUCCUAAUCCAGAACCACCCGAAGAGUACAAAGACUGCCCAUCGCUGCAAGAGCAACUAAUACAUCGUACCUUCCUUGAAGAACUUGUGUUUUGGACAGUUAAGUUCGAAUUCCCCCAGAAAGUUGUUUGCCUCCUCCUCAACAUGUUACCUGACCCAGAUUACAAGGAAGCUCUGACUGAAGCCUUCGUCCUUCACUAUAGUCGAAUCUCUAUGAUGCUGGAACGUUCAGCAGAUCCUGAUACUUUAUCAAACAGAGUUGUUCAUGUUAGUGUGCAGUUGUUCUCUAAUGAAUGCCUAGCAUUCCAUAUGGCAGAGAAUCUGAAUCUGUUGCAUGUCAUGGUUAUUAGUUUGAAGUACAUGAUGGCAAAGAUACUUAUACCAAAUACUUUGCAUGAUCCAAGCAAGAAUUCUCACUUUGUUGUGGACUGUGGUCGCCAUGUAAUGAAGGAACACUGCUAUUGGCCACUUGUUUCGGAUCUGAAUAAUGUUCUUUCACACCGCCCAGUCGCUAUUAAGUUUAUGAGUGAUGACAACUUACUAGAAAUGUGGUUUGGUUUUCUUUCCAUGUUUCAAGGCAUGAAUGUAAACCAGCGAGAACUUACACAACAUGUUGAAUUUGAGCCCAAUACUUACUAUGCAGCAUUCUCAGCUGAACUAGAAGCUAGUGCAUACCCCAUGUGGGCUUUAGCAUGUCAUCUUGUUGACUGUUCUACCGUGGAACUGACAAGAAAUGUACUAUCAAUAUGCCGGAAUGCUCUUCAGGAGUGGCUGGAUGCUGUUGGCUUUACUAGUCCAAAAUCGCCUGAUGGUCUUCAGGUGUCAUUUCACCUUCCACUGCAUCGGUACCUAUCAGUAUUUAUGUGCCAAGCAAUAAGGCUGCAGGGGCUUACAUUGCGAGAGGUUCUGCCGCCACCAGACUUACUUUCACUCAUCAUGAUGCAUCCUCUAAGGGUUCAGGUUGCAUUUUAUGAGAUUUUGAGUGGCAUGUGGGUUCGUAAUGGUCUCCAGAUAAAAGGACAAGCAAUGACUUACAUCCAGUGCAACUUCUGUAAUUCCAUGGUUGAUGCAGACUUGUACCUGUUGCAGAUAUGUGCAACACAGCUACCACCUGAAAACUUCCUUAUGACAGUGUUGGAAAAGUUUCACAUUAUGGAAUGGAUGAGCCUAGGACCUUUCCAGGCAUGUCAUAACAGUUACAUUGACGGUGAACAUGAUGCACCCAUGCUAGAAAGUUGCAUGACUUUUCUAGCUACUCUGACGAGCAUUAGAACUAAUUUAGGUUUGCCUGAUGCCUCUCUUUCUCAACUGGAAAUGGUAACAUUAUUGUGCAUGGGUGACAAAACUCACAGUCAGUUAAUAGAACUCAUGCCAGAAAGAUGUGGAACUGCUCAGAGCCGUGACUUUGAAUCUGUCCUGGCUGAAGUGGCAGAGUACAAAGCACCCAACUUGGAGGCUAGUGGUCACAUGCAACAGGGGAUGUACGUACCUAGACCAGUAGUGUGGGAACAAUUAUACGAUCCAAUACAUGUGUUGCUGCGUGCGGUUCAUCGUCGUGAUUUUCAGACCUCUAUGGAUCGAUUUGGCGAUUAUGUUCACCAGGCAGGAAAACUGAAGUCUGCAAGUACUCCUUGGCCACCAUUUAGAGAACCAGCACCUUGCCAUGAAGCAUAUGAAGAUCCCCGCAAAAUUUUACGAUCACGCGUAUUUCAUUCUGCAGCAUUUGUAGUGUUGCAUAAAGCAGUUGUUGGUCACACCGUAUCUGAACAUGUCAUGUCAAUUGUAAUUUACUUGUUGGAAAUGGCAGUUGUCACUGCUGAACAUGAAGAUCAACAGUCACAGGUAUGCCAAGCAUCGAGAACUUCUCGUAAGAAGACAGUAAAGGACAAAGAACUUGCAUCAUGGUACGAUUCAGAUUGGCUAUCAGAAAAUCUUCGAACUGUUAUACACCAAGUCAGGUUUGAACCAGAACCUGCAGUUGUAUUUGACAGCUCAGACAGUGAAAUAGAGUGGGAAUCUUCAGAAAUGGAUGGAGAUCCAGAAAUGAAUGGGGAGUCCUCUGGCGCUGUACCUGUCCUGGGGAGUGGAGAGGAUCUGACAGUCUCUGUGGUCCAAGAUCUCAGUGUUGUCACACAUCCUAUUAACAUUGCCUUAAGGCAUGCUACCCGUACUCCUCGCCCUGCUCGUCCUUCAUCAUCAUCACAGCAUGCAGCAGUGCUGUCAGGCACAGAGAUAGUUCCAUCAGCAGCUGGAACUUCGAGUCAAGCUGUUGUUCCUGCAGGUUCCGUUCAUACUCCUGAGUUUGGUCCACAUGGCCCAGUUGAAAGUCAGCCAAGUUUGGAAUGGAACCCCAGUAUUUCUGGAAAUGAAGUUGUACCUGCAGGUACUUCGUUUAAUUCUGAAGUUGUUCCUUCAACAUCAGGUACACGUAAAGUUCACAUGAAGAAAAGGAAACAGGGAAAAGCUGGUGGGAAGUCUUGUGGUGACUGCUUGGACAGGUGCUUGAAAGAGGAGGAUGACGGUUAUUAUCCAUCCUAUGUUUCUGUCAAUGAAAGUAUUAUCUCAUUGCUUCUCAAGCUGCAUUCGCAGUUGUCAGGUACUCCUGAUAGUUUUAAUCCAGAUGAAGUGGAAACACCAGAAAUGGCAAAGAGCCGUAUUGGCGAUGGCCCAGUCUUUAUUGGGAAACUUUUACGCAGAAUAGCAGCAUUGGAUACUCUAUGCAGAGAAAAUAUUAGAGAGACACGUAAUCAGAUUUGGCCUCAAAAGGAAGAAGAGCGAGAAGCAGCAAUAAAAGCACAAGAAGCAAAAGAAAGAGAGGAGAGGAGACGAAGGGCAAAGGAAAGACAGCAGAAGCUGAUGGCAGAAUUUGCAACAAAACAGAAGCAGUUCAUGGAACGUGCAAUGGAAACAGAUGAGGGAGCUUCGGGAAUGGAUUGGAAUGAGGAAGAAUCUACAACGCUUACAACAAGCAAAAAAGAAUAUGACUGUGUUAUUUGCAACCAAACAUCACCCAGCACUGAAGAAAAACCAAUGGGCCAGGUUGUGCUAGUGCAGGCAAGCAGUGUCCUGGCACAUAAACGACGAAGUGCGGAACCAGCUUUCUUCCCCACAUGUGAUGAGGAAAGGCAGAGCUUGCGAAGGGAUGACAACUUCCUUGGCAGUGAAUUUGAUCGUCGUGUUGAAGAUCUGAAUGCACAAUUUGACUGUAGUUCGUGGCAGUUAUCUGUAAAUAUAGGCUGGGAUGGUGGUGUCCAUAUCCAGACUUGCGGCCACCAUCUACAUCUCGACUGCCUGAAAUCAUAUCUACAAUCUUUACGCAACCAGCAGCGGCAACAAAGUCUUGCAGUAGACAGAGGUGAAUAUUGGUGUCCACUGUGUCGACAGUUAGCUAAUUCAGUGCUGCCUCUUUCACCGCAGUUGGGAGAAUGUUCAGCAAUUGUGCGGUCACGACCUUCUAGUCUUUUGGUGUCAGUGGCAGAACUUACUGUCUUUUUGAAGGAUAUUCAGCCAAUCAAUUUAAAAUCUUCAAAUAUUAUGGAAGCUAUGGGAAAGUCUAUGGAAGACAUGACAAAUAGCACACAUCACAAAUUUAAACAAAAGAGUCAUUCUACUACACCAGAAAGUCUGUUUCUUUUUGUUAAUUCUGUAGCAAGGACAAAUUUAGAAAUUGAGCUUGUUCAAAGAGGAGGUUCGUUGGUUUUAAAUCCUAACAUGCUACCAGGAGCCUCUAACGCAAGUCCGGCAGGUGGUGCACAGUUUCAAGAUGUUCUGACAACUCUUAUACCAAAGAGAUCGUGCGUUGUACCACUCCUACAUGUCUUGGCAGUACAUUCUAGAGUGUUGGUCUCCUGGCCAACAUGGAAAAUAUGGCAGCAAGUAGCCGGAGUUCCAGAUUCAAACAGUGAUCCUUUAGCUCUGCUACCAGCUGAAAGGACAGUUCCUUUACUGCUACAUGAUCCUUCUGCUCUGCUUACUCAGUUUGUCCUCCUCCUUCCACUGCAUCUGGAUCAAGCAUCGUUUGCAUGUGUGGUCAAGAUAUUUUACAACUUGCUGUACAUGCAAGUUGUAGCGCAACUGACAUGCAGCAUGAAAGAAGCAGAGAGAGCAAGGUGGCGGCGUAUUCCAGAACCAACAGAUAGGUUAGACUCCCUCGAUGCCGCAUUUGCCCUCACGGUGCAGCAGUUGGACAGAGGUCGACUGUACCUUGAAGACAGUGUAGAACUUAAUCCAGAUGAGGGUGAUGAAAAUAAUGCAUCAGGACUGAUAUCAAGUGCACAUCGUCAACAUCUGGAGUCUCAGUUGCAAACACUUUGUUUGCCAUUUCUGCGCCUAGCAGCUCUUCUGCGACAUCAUUUAUACGAGCAGCCUCUACCUGAGAUUACCUCACCACAAGAAGAAUUUGUCAGACUUGUCUAUUACCUUGAACUUGUCGCUGAGGGUAUGGAAUGGGGUCGUUUUAGUGCAGCUGUUGCUCUCAAUUGGCCCACAAAUGGGGCAGCAACAGCACGUGCUUGGUGUGAACAGAUGGCUGCCUUUGCAGCACGUUCACAGGUUUCAGCGCGGAACUUCUUAGCUGAACAACAUUUGUCAUGGCACCAGCCUCGUCUCCUACGGUUGCCACAACUGUAUGAUAAAAUAUUCCAGUAUUAUCACAGAAGACAAUGUUCUCAGUGCCAUUCAGUACCCCGAGAAACAAGCAUAUGUUUACUCUGUGGUACACUGGUCUGUCUGAAGGAAUCUUGCUGCAAGCAGCUUAGCACUUGUGAAGCUGUCCAGCAUUCGAUAGACUGCGGUGGAGGAACAGCAAUGUACUUGGUUGUUACAUCAUCCUAUAUCAUUGUGAUUCGUGGAAAACGUGCCUGUCUAUGGGGCUCUGUGUAUCUGGACAGCUUUGGUGAAGAAGACAGAGAACUAAAGAGAGGAAAACCACUGUAUUUGAGUGAUAGUAGAUACCAGUUGCUAGAACAGCAGUGGCUGGCUCACCGUUUUGACCACACCAAUAAGAAGUGGGUUUGGCAUCGUGAUGCACUUUAGUUACAUCAAAAUCUGAAAACAGACGUCUGGCUGGUCGACUGAAAGCAUCAGUUAUAUGCUAAAAAUUAUUGUGUAAUUUAUUUCUUAUGGACAUUCAGAAUUCAUUAAUUGUAAAGAGUAAGACAAUAACAAUAUAUGUCGUCGUUUCUUUUAAAUGCCUUAUUGGUUUGUCAGUUGUAAUUGGGCUGUCAAAGUUUAUAUGGCUCAUUAAAAUUGGAAAUUCAGUAAUACUCAGGUGCUUGUUUGGUGUGGCCAUGUUCUGUCUUUGACAUUUCUACAUUAUCACAUUUUGAAUUUGAAAAAAUACUUUUCCUUCAGUAGUUGUUUUAUAAAUUCAAAAAGCUAUUUUGUGUGAUUAUUUUUCCCCACAGCAUCUUGAAUUGAAUGGCUUAUAGCUAUCAGGAACUUCCAAAACAUAGCCACUUUUUUUUACCUCAUUUUAUGUGACAUGGCUGUGUGCACUUGUGUAGUGAUGAUGAAGUAAGAUGAGUUGGAGGGACAAUGAUAUGAGUGUGUGUGUGUAAAUCACAACUUGUGGAGUGAUAAUGAAUUGGAUACUAAUAAUGGUGCUGCCUGCACAAUCAUGUGACCUAUUGUUCUGGAAAUUGCAUCUUUUUAUGACUUUUGUUGUUUUUUUUUUUUUUUAAUUGGAAAUAUUGCUGCAACAAUUAUUUGAGCAGAAUGCGAGUUUUAAUUGUUUAUUAAAGCAAUGUCGCGUGUUUUAUAUUUAUUUAUAAACAAAAUACCUCAAGAUCCUUUUUUGUUAGCAUCUUUUAAAAACUACAAAAAAGUCAAUUUGGAUUAAAAAUUUAGAACAGAUAGCAAAUAGCUUCAUAUCUUUGUGUGUGUGUGGUAACUGAUUUGUGCACAGCUGCAUCCAUCAGGGCCAGAAAAAAAUCAUAUAUGAACACACAGGAAAGUGACUCAACUACUAUUUUGGUAACCUCAUACUCCUGUUUUUUAUGACUCUGUACUUUGUGUUCUAAAUGUGAAUUAGUGCUGAGAUAUUCCUUCAACUUCUAAUGAUUAACUUUUGUGUACAGUCACUCACUAAUAUCUGUUUCAGAUAAUUUGCCAUUCAAAUAGAAACUGUAAUUGUUGUGUAAAUAUGUAAUUCUGUGUUGUCUGACGUAAAAUUAUCUUACGACAUAUACUGACUGUUGAAACAAGAAUUUUGAAACACACUUAUGCUCCUCAAUUAUUUCUCUCUCUGUGUCAUCCCCAGUUGCUUCAUAAAUCAUAAGUGCAAGUAUAUUGGUUACCUUAUGACAAUUUGUUCUGUUAAAUGUGACUUUUCUUGUAAAAAUAAUUGUUAUGUAGUUAUAGGAAUGUUCCAGUCACAGAUGAUGUAAAGUGAUUUAUGUAGCACAUUUUAGGCAGAUACUUUAAAUGAGAUGUGGUAAUUUCUCAUGCAGGAGGGCAGAGCUGGGAUUUAAAGAGCCUAUUUUCAUCAGAAUCAAGAAAAAUUAAAAUUACACAAUUCUGCUUUGCUCAAAUGUAUUGUAAAAUUGUCUGUAAAUAUUAAAGUGUAAAAUUUAUUACUAAAGAACUAUGUGAAAAUA